AGCACUGGCUAUCCUGGAAUUCGCUCUGUAGGCCAUGUUGGCGUUGAACUCACAGAGAUCGGCCUGCCUCUGCCUCUCCGGUGCUGGGAGUAAAGACAUGUGAGACGCCCGACGCCCGCCUUAAGCCCCCACGUGCUGAACUUUGGAAAGGCGAGCAGGAGCUUUGCAAGCAGAUAUGCUGAAAACACUGGCACAUCAAGUUUCCCACGAAAAGGAGGCAACGCAGGUAAACACCACUAGAGAGCAGAAGUCUGGUUUCUCUCCCCAGAGACACUGGGUGCUGGGGAGAACUGUGUAGAUCACAGAGCAGCCAUAAGGUGGCGACAAAGCCAGUGUGAGGGGAGGAACUCUGCAAGCUCAUUGGUCCAGAAGCAACAAGUGCUGAGGAGGGAAAAAGAAGCUCGGGCAGCUCAUUGGCGGGAAACUGAGUUGGCAGAGGAAGGACCUGCAUCUUGCCUCAGAACUCAGCUCCUCGCUUCUGAUCCGCUGGACACUGAGGGAGUGUGGUGGAGCCUUGCCUACUGUGGUUUCUGUAAAGAAGGACAGUGUACACAGAGAAAGAGGCAUCUCUCUUCAGGCCUGAGAAGAACAAUGGAUGCUGACCCCAACUCUCAUGUGGAUGCUGAGCAGUGCCCCGCCAAGUCACCAGGCAUGGAUGGGCAACAGGGUAUCAUUUACCAGCCUGAAGUCCCGCCUCACACAGUUCCCCAGCAGGAAAACUCCCAGGUGCCUGUGCUGCUAAACUGGCCCACAACAUUUUUACCUGUGAACAGUACUCCGGUGACUUUGAGUCCUCAAAUGAUGAUUUCGUUCUCAUGUGACCACUGCCAGCCCGUGACUAUACCCUGCUUGUUCUCGAACGUGCUCUUGCAGCCCUGCAUCAACGCUACCCCUCCUGGACUGCCGGCACAGGUCUCCAGCAUCUGUUUCCAGGGCCCUGAAAAUGCCAACCAGGCUCCUGUCAUCUCCAACCAGAUCAAUGAUGUCUCCAACCAGAGCCCUGAAGUCUACACCCAGCUCCCUGACACCUCCAGCCUGGUCCCUGAAGUCUACACCCAGCUCCAUGACACCUACAACCUGGUUCCUGAAGGCACCACCCAGCUCUCAGGUGUCUCCAACCAGGGUGCCCUCUCUGCUGAAGUGGAUAGGCAGAAGGUACUAGAUGCUGCCGAGGCCCUCCUGAUUCUGCAUAACUCCCCUCAGGCCUGGCAGGACACUUGCAGCACAUCAGGUCCUGAUGGGGAGUGAAGACCACAGCUGACCUGCCUCUGGAAUCCCCCUCAGCCUACACACUCUGCUUCACCGAAUGACAACUGGAUGUCUUGAUAGCACCCUGC